GUAGUGUAACGCGUUCUCCUGUCAGCCAAUCAGAGCCCGAGUUUGUCCCACGCGUGUAUUGUUUAAACUGCUCAGAGACGCAACAGCAGCCUGAGGUAAAGUUGUACAGGACGCUAUGGCGGCUGUGGGAGAGGAGCAGCGCUGCACUGCUGUACAGGAGUGUACAGGGCUCCGGGCUGAGGACGAGCUGUCAGCACUCAGUCCGGACGACAUCACCAGCAGGACGGAACGGACACGCAGAGAGUUUUAUAACCGCCGCAAAAUCAUCAUUAAAAACCUCCCCGCUGACGUCAACAACCAGGAGGUUCAUGAGUUGUUAAAAAACUAUGACCUGAAGUACUGCUUUGUGGACAAAUACAAAGGAACUGCUUUUGUGACUCUGCUGAAUGGCGAACAGGCCCAGUGCGCCAUCAAGGAGUUCCACCAGCAAGUGCUGCGUGAUCGUGAGAUCUCCGUGCAGCUGCAGCCCACAGAUGCCCUGCUGUGUAUCGCCAACCUCCCACGGGCCUUUACGCAGCAGCAGUUUGAGGAGCUGGUGCGGCCCUUUGGAAACCUGGAGCGUUGCUUCUUGGUGCACAGCGCAUGCACGGGUCACUCCAAGGGCUACGGUUUUGUGGAGUACAUGAAGAAGGAUUCGGCCGCCCGGGCCAAAUCGGAGCUGUUGGGUAAACAGCUUGGCUCCCGCAUGUUGUAUGUGCACUGGACUGAAGUGGGAUCAUUGACAUUCGCCACGCUUCAUUCGCGCUGCCUCUGUGUGGACCGCCUGCCUGCCAGCCUUGUGACUGCUCAGGAUUUGCUGAACACAUUGGCUGACAUGCCGGAGCCCAUCUUCUGCCAGCUCGCUCAGGGACAAGAUGGAAGUUUCCGGCGCUUUGCCAUUCUGGAGUACUCCACAGCAGAGAUGGCUGAAGAGGUGCAGCGAUUAACUGAUGGAAGCCCUGCAGGUGGUGGCCAUAUCCGUGUGUCCUUCUGCGCUCCAGGACCUCCAGGCAGGAGCAUGCUGGCAGCACUCAUUGCUGCUCAGACUUUGGCUAUAAACAGGGGAAAGGGUCUCCUUCCUGAACCUAGUGCCAUGCAAAUACUUUCUAGUUUGAGCAACCCGGCAACCCUGAAACUGCUGCUGGCUUCACUUAAUCAAGGACACAAACAAGGUCUGCUCGGUGCAGCCCCGGUCCUGCCGCUGCUCGCUAACCCUGCCCUCUCAGCUGCGCUGGUGCAGCUGCUGCUUCAGAACCAAGUCCAGCAGCAAACACUUCCAGGAACCCCUCCUGUUUGGGCACAGGUUCUGUACAGUACAGAAAGCCUUCUGCCCCCCUGUACUGGACUGCUAGGUGAAAACCUCCUGGCGUCUGCGCCUUUUCAGCAUGGUGUUAAUAUGCUGGGAGAUCUACCUCAUGGUGCCCUGGGUGUGCAAACUGAGCCUUUAGGCCCCAUAAAGCCUCCACAUCCGGGCCGGACACUAGGGAGGGAGCCAGAGUCUGUGUCCACACCCAACACUUUCCCCACAAACCCUUCUCCUGCGCUACAGGGCAUGAGCGUUCCACUUCUGGGCAGCAUGCUAGGAGGUGAUGGAUCCACUCUGCCAACGACAUCUUUAUUAGGAGAGCCACCCAAAGAGAUCGGCGUGUCCCCAAACCCCUUUCUGAACGCACCCAGUAUAUUCCCAUCCUCUGCUGCCAACUCCAGGCCCCACCCGUACAGGAAGAGACCCGUGCUAGGUGGCAUGGCUAACCAGCGGCCCCUCCACAGUAACCUGCGCUGCCAAGACUCGUACCAGUUCCCAGGGGUGUACCAGGAUGCUUUUGCUCCUCUCUAUGAGCAUCUGGAGACUCUGGACAGCACAGGAGCACAUCUGGCCUAUGGGGCACAGCACAUGAAACGUGGAUCCAUCAGUGAGCGAGUGUCUCCGUUCUCUUACCCGUCUAGCCCUCCCGGCUCCUCCUACUUUGGCUUUGGUGCCCCCGGGACUGCGCCCACCACUCAGCUCGAUAAGGCUGUGGCAAAGCCUCCCAUGACACCCUCGAGUGUUUUCCCUGCUGUACCUGGAAGUGGAGUUAAGACUCCUGUCGGGGGACAGAAGCGUCUCUUCUCGUGGCUGAUUCCGUCUCCAGAGCCCAGUCCAGAGGGCGGCUAUGUGGGUCAGCAUUCUCAGGGCCUCGGGGGUCACUACGCCGACUCCUACCUGAAAAGGAAGCGCAUCUUUUAACCCUUUGCUCAUUGUGGCUGUUGUUGACCCCUGCUGGCUGUGUGGUGUUUGGGAGCCCAGCAUCCCAGAAACUUCCUGUUAAUGCGGCCCAAACCGAUCAGUGAAUGUGAUUUGUGAAUGAUGCGGCCCAAACUGAUCAGUGAAUCAUUUGUGAAUGAUUUCAGUGUGCAUGUAAAUUUAAUUUUAUUUCCCCAUUUUUAAUUUGCCUUUUUAAGUUUUUGUUUGUUAAUGCUAAGACCACAGGUACCUCAUGACACCCCCCCCCCCCCUUUAAGAUUAGACUCCUGUUGAUUUGUCUGUGUAUAUAGUUAAGCAGCAUUCAUGAAUCCUCAGUCCUUCCUUUAGUCAUUGGAAACCCCAAUGCUGUGUGCCUGCGCAUGUGUGAGUGGUCUUUGGGUCUGUGUGUGUGGGAUUGUGCUUGUGUGUGAGUGGUCUCUGGUCUGUGUAUUUGGGAUGGUGUGUGUGUGUGUGUUAGAUGGUCUGUGGUCCGUGUGUGUGUGUGUUAGAUGGUCUGUGGUCCGUGUGUGUGUGUGUGAGAUGGUCUGCCUGUGUGUGUUCGAUUCUCUCUGGUCUGUGCGUGCUCGUCGUCUGUCCCAGCUGCUCUGUUUGUCAGUGUUCGUUGCUUCACCAUGUUUGAUCCGUGUUUGUUAAACCUGCCCGGUUCCUUCCACAUGUCCCCUUCCUACUUCCUGUCACAUGUCCAGGUUUCCUGCACUAAGUGUUGUGUGUUGCACUUGGAGGACGCGAGUCACCGUUUUGUCUUCCUUCUUGUCUCCCUGUUUACUCCGUGUUCAGACUCUAGUUUUGCCGUAACCGUCCCUGAUCUUCACGCUGACUCAGACUGCUUUCCAAACCCCCCAGCAGGGGGAGCUGGUGAGCUUUGAUAACAUCGUUUUCAUAAUGAGUACUAGAACAAGUGACAGUCUGGAGCAGGCUGGACCUGUGCUCAAACAUAUCGGUUCAAUUAUAUUAUUUUAUUUUAUUUUCUUCAUCUGCCCCUGUGCCAGCUCCACAUUGACUCCUGUAGGUGGAGUUGUCAUUGACUUUACUCCAUGGCUGGAUUCGGAGCACCAGAUCUGUGACUUGCUUGCUGACCUUUUCCAUUGUAGUAACUGAAUAUCUUUUAGUGUGCUGGAAUUUCUGAUGGACUCUACAGAUGACUGGUGUUUAAACUCCUACGUGUCCAGUCUAAUCUCUCACCUGCUUAUUUGCUGUGUUCAUACCUGAGCUUGUAUAUUUCUUUGCAAUUUUUGGCUCAUGUAUAUUUUUCUUUUUCCCCCUAAUCUAGUCGACUGGAAAUGGAAGUGCUACUGUAUAUUUUUUUUUCUUGUACAUUUUUUUAAUUAUUUUGAUUGUGUGAUCUUGUAGCAUCUUUCUGAAGGAGUUUGUACGCUGUACUGCUAUAAUGUAAAGAACCAAACGGACUUCAUCUGUAAACUGACUGCUUAGCAAGUGCACCAUCAUUUGUACAGAGCUGCCAUGUGUUUGACUGCAGAUUUCAGCAAGUAAAUGUUAUUUAAGUUUA